AUGGCCAUCUGUGAACGACCAGUGGCCACAGCCAAAGCGCAUGUAAUGCUCUACGAUACGAAAACAAGUAGCUGGAAUUAUAGUGGAAAUUCGCAAAGUCUUGCAAAAGUGCAGCUUUACUUCAAUUCGCAAACAAAUGCAUAUCGCGUUGUUGGAUGGAGUCUUCAGGAUCGCGAGGUCGUUAUUAAUUGUUCAAUACCACGAGGACUAAAUUAUCACAAAGCCCGUCCGAAUUUCCACCAAUGGCGCGACGCUAAACAACAUGUAUACGGCCUGAGUUUUGCCUCCUUAGACGAGGCAGAAGCUUUUGCUGCAGCUGUCGAAGCUGCUCUUGAACAACUAGCUGCUCUUAAACGCCAGCAAUCUAGUUCGCAACCACAGGAGCUGCAGCCAUUGAGGCAGCAGCCCACUGGUAACGGUCCCACGAUCACAAACCACCAGUUCCAGUAUCAAACUCAGUCGCAACAACAAUUAUCACAGUAUCGGGAACAGCAAUCCCAGUAUGACCAGUCCAAUUAUGCAGAAUCGGGUCGUACAAAAAGGGAAGAAGUGGAGCCCCCUGGCUAUGCGGGUGUACCCAUUCAGCAGAAGGCCAUUCCCGCUAACAACUCUGUCAACAAUCGUGGAGAGUAUGCGAUGCCGAACAUUGCCCAAUCCCAGCAGCAACAACUGGCACCUCUCUCAUCCCAGUCAGAUUUGAAUGGCGGCGGUGGUUAUCGAGCGCCCUCGAUACUAAGCGAUUCGGGAAGAUCUGUCAACGGCUCAAUUGGGAACGGCAGUGUGGAUGGACGAUAUCAGUCUUCCUCGGAUGAUAGUGUAAAAGGCCUCAUUGGUCGAAUGCCCAAUGCUCCUUCAUUGGCCGCAAGCAAUUGUUCAACUCCAUCUACUUCCGGUCUCGCUUCUUCUCCCAGUAAAGGCUCCCUGCAUUAUGCUCCUCCAACGCCUCCACCGCCACCGACGAUAUCUGCAGCUCCCCCUGCCCCGCCACCGCCUCCUCCGCCAGCUUCACCGGCACCUCCACCACCCGCUCCGACUGCCCCGCCUGCUCCUCCGCCGCCUCCUCCACCACCGCCUCCUCCACCACCACCGGCUCCUGUUUCCUCGGUCCUUGGCGAUCGCAAGUUCUCGGCUCCGGCCCCCUCCACUCUUUCCCUCGGCACGAUAGCCAACGACAGUGAUGAACCUGACUCAGCCAACCAGAGUUGGUUAGCCACUCAACUGCGUCAGGCCAAGCAGAUGCGUCUGCGAAAACAGCAGGAGAAGCAGGAGGGCGGUGGUUGCGUCAAUUCGACCACCGGAAGCGGUGGAAUUCAUGCGGUGGCGAGUGCUGGAACACUGAGUCGAGCUCAGGGGGCUGACAUGAUGUCUGAUUUACAGAGGGUGCUGGCGGCUCGUAGACGUGCUCGUGAGGGCGACAACGAUAAUGCUGAUGGGGUCGCCGCGGAUUCCGCCAACGGUGUUUCAGCUUUGUGUGGAUCCGCGAACACCGCGGAGAGUGGGCAUUCACGUCGACCUUCGCAAUCCAUCAAUAACAGUGGCAGCGGCAAUGCCGCGCUCACCUUUGCUGUACCCACCGCGCCUGCCCCCACAUCAAACUAUGCCACCAUUCGGAAGAAUUCAGUGUCUUCUGCUAACAAUGUCGAUACUAAUCAGCCUGUCACACGUGCUGAUUUAGAGGUUCUGAAACGGGAAAUUCUUCUCGAAUUUCGAAAAGAAAUGAAGGCACUGAAAAAUGACAUUCUUUCGGAAGUGGGUAGCGGUAACGUCCCGAUUCCCAUUCUCGCCGCCGCCUCGCAUAACCGCCAUCCCCCUUCCCUCCGCUGA